AUGGUGAAAUGGUGGCCUAUGAAGGGAAGGGAAGUUCCUACAAAACCCGAGGGGUGGCCUCAGUUGCCCUCUGCAUACUCAACUGCAACCAGCUAUUCCAGGUAUUAUUUUUGCUUUCAGAAAAAGAAAACUAAGCAGAAGAUCCUGGCAAGUUAUGACUGGGGGCAUGAUGGCAAAUAUUGUCCUAAACACUGGGACAAGCUGUACCCCAUUGCAGAUGGAAAUAACCAAUCUCCUAUCGACAUUAAAACCAGUAAUACCAAACAUGAUACCUCUCUUAAACUUAUCAGUGUCACCCACAACCCAGCCACAGCCAAAGAGAUUAUCAACAUGGGACAUUCCUUCCAUAUAAUCUUCAAGGACAAUGAUAACUAAUCAGUGCUGAAGGGCGGUCCUCUCCCUGAAAGCUAUGCCUGUCAGUUCCAUUUUCACUGGGGCAGCACAAAUGACUAUGGUCCUGAGCACACAGUGGAUGGAGUCAAAUAUUCCGGAGAGCUUCACAUAGUUCAUUGGAAUUCUGCAAAGUACUCCAGCCAGACUAAAGCUGCCUCACAGCCUGAUGGUUUGGUGAUUAUUGGUGUUUUGAUGAAGCUGGCACAGUUCCGCAGUCUUCUGUCGAAUGUUGAAGGUGAUAUAGCUGUGCCCAUUCAGGGCACCGACCAAUCACCCCAGCCUCUGAAGGGCAGAACAGUGACAGCUCCAUUCUGA